AUGUGUUAUUGCAGUGCUAAACAAAUGGCUAAGCAAUACAGUCAACUUCAACCCUACUACAAUUCACGAUCAGUGCUCGUUGCCGUAGGCGACGAUUUUGCGUUUUCAGAUCCAGGGGAUCUACCACAAGUGCACAAAAUCUAUUCAAAACUUUUCUCAUACAUUAACUCACAUCCUCAUUUCAACAUGAAGGUGCAAUUCGGUACAGUGACCGAUUUUUUCGAUUCAUUGCAAGGGACCGAAUCAUUCCCUUUGCUUGAUGGUGAUUUCUUCCCAUAUGUAGAUAAUCUGAAUACGCUGAGUGGAAGUUGGACUGGUUUCUACAAUCAUCGACCCUAUCACAAGCGAUUCGAACGCAUCGUACAGGCGAAGUUGCGCGCUGUUGAUUUAUUAUGUGUUGCUGUUGGAACAUGUGCUGAAAUCAGUGAACGGAAUGAAAUUUCGAGACGUGAUUUAGCUCUAUUUCAACAUCAUGAUGCAAUCACUGGAACAAGUCAACGACCAGUUAUGCUUGAUUAUCUGAAGAGGUUUCAGUUUACAACUUUUGCUUUGUUGGGCUCCUCAGUUUCUCAGAGCAUAAUGGUGAAUUCAAAAAGGAAUCUGAUUCUCAAGUAA